AUGUCUCUCAUCCCCAAGACCGUCUUCGUCAUCUUGUUUGCGACGUUCCUCCCGGCAACCCACGCCGUUUCUCUUGAAUCUCUUGGACUUGUUGGCCAUCUCGUUCAACCACUCCCUAUUGCUGACUACCCGGCUCCAGAAUUGGUCACCAAUCAUCCGUCAACCGAGUGUGAGAAAAUCAAUGGAGGCUCAAGAUUGUGCUGUCAAAGUACUUUUGAUGGUGGUGUACCCCUUGUCAAAGAGCUUGCACCGAUCAUUGGUUUUCGCCUAAAUCACAAUAGCGUCAAUGGAAUCUACUGUAAGUCUUGUUUUUCAUCCACUUCCAACCAGAGUAAUCUUCCAAAUUUAUCUACUGCGCUCACAUGGUGCGGCAAUGGCACUGCUGGCUGAUACUGUUAUGCUUAGGUAAGAAGGAUGCGGAAUGUGCUGUCGGUGAGGAUUUAUGCUGCCAAGUCGACUCCUUUCCAAAUGUUAGUCUCCCACACAUUGGAAAUCAAAACGUUCCAUCGUGUGCAGCUUCAAUUUCUAACUUUAUCAGCAGGUUAUCCCAACUCUCUUGAACCUCGCGAUGUACUGUCAAAGUCACCCCGCAGAAAUGAUUUCAACCAAGCCUUCAACACCACCAAAGGCCUACUGA